GCUCUGUGAAGAUGAUACGGGAGUGUCGAAACGCGUAGGAGAGACAAGAAAACAACUUAAACACUUCGCCUUUUUACUCCAUCGGCGGAAGCAGCUCCAACCCAGGAAAACAAAAAUUACAGAAUUACCUUUAAUGCGUUAAGUUGUAUGCCUCAUCUUGCGUAUGUCAGCAUCAGUAAUUAUAACAUUGCCAAACGACUCAGAUUCCUUUGCGGAGGAUCCAAAUACUGAGGACAGCGGUAAUCUUUUAACGGAACUGAAUGGAGUCGACUUGGUUAUGAGUCUCUCCCCAAAAAUAUCCCCUACAGCACCAAUACAAGCACACCAUCAACUGGAGCAACAAUUAUUAAAGCAUAAUAUUUCGGUGGGACCACCUCCACAUGCUGCUUCGGCAGCAGCAACUACAGGGGCUCAUCAUAAUAACUUUUCUAAUAUUCACCAUAUGCAAGGUUUACAUAAUCAGCAUCAUAGCACCAUAUUCAAUAGCAACCAUUCCACGCCAUUUAGUGUAACUGACAUAUUAAGUCCAAUUGAAGAAUCUUAUCGGAAACUGGAGUUAAAUUGCAGCCCUCCUUCGCCCUACAGAACGAAUUCCAGCGGAAGUAGUGUGACCUCGCCCAGUACCUUAGGAUCGGCAACCAUGGCUAAUCCGUACGCAAUGACUUCACUUUAUCAUAGCCCUGGGGUCCAAGGUUAUUGCGGCCCAGCAGAUAAUCUCUCUCUGGCUGGACACUAUUCAGAUAUGAGAGGUUCAGCCACUUGGUAUGGAUCUACAACUAAUGACCCCAGAUUUGCAAUAACGAGAUUAAUGGGUGGAUCAGCCUCUAGCUCGAUGGGACAUAUGGGAAAUAUGGGAGGCCUUGCUACUUGUAGUGUAUCGGAUUCAAAACCGUUACAAUUUCCAUUGACACAACGCAGAAAAAGAAGAGUGUUAUUUACGCAAGCACAGGUAUAUACCAAUGUUCUACCAUUAUUCAUAAAUAAAUAUACAUACUGUUCUAAUUACCACUAACGGCUUAGAUCUGGC